AGGAGUAAAUAAAGAAUGAGAGAAGAGGAGUGGAGAUGGAGUGAAAGUUGAAACUCACACUCACACCAUCUCAAACUCUCCCUCUAUUAAAUCCCCAAACACCACACCCACAUCCUCAGCUGCUGCUAUUCCUUCUCCAACUCAACUACAACAAAACCACAUCCCCACCAUGGAAGUUGAGGCCACCGCCGCCGACCCGGAGAAGCCCGCCUCGCCUCCGCCGGUUGUGCUCAAGGACCUCUUCCGCUUCGCCGAUGGAUUGGAUUACGCUCUCAUGGGAAUCGGCUCAGUUGGCGCGAUUGUCCAUGGCAGCUCCCUCCCUCUGUUUCUCAGAUUCUUCGCUGAUCUCGUUAAUUCUUUCGGCUCCAAUGCCAACGAUGUUGAUAAGAUGACGCACCAAGUUUUGAAGUAUGCGUUUUACUUUCUUGUGGUUGGAGCUGCGAUAUGGGCGUCUUCUUGGGCAGAAAUAUCGUGCUGGAUGUGGACUGGUGAGAGGCAGUCCACUAAGAUGAGGAUCAAGUAUUUGGAGGCGGCUUUGAACCAAGACAUUCAAUUCUUCGACACACAGGUGAGGACAUCCGAUGUUGUUUUCGCCAUCAACACCGACGCCGUCAUGGUCCAAGAUGCCAUUAGUGAAAAGUUGGGGAAUUUCUUGCACUACAUGGCUACGUUUGUUUCUGGAUUUGUGGUGGGGUUCACCGCGGCGUGGCAGCUAGCUCUUGUCACGCUCGCCGUGGUUCCCCUCAUCGCCGUGAUCGGAGGCAUCCACGCCACCACGCUCUCCAAGCUCUCCGCCAAGAGCCAGGAUGCUCUGUCGGAAGCAGGAAACAUCGCUGAACAGACUAUAGCUCAAAUUCGGACAGUAUUGGCGUACGUGGGAGAGUCGAGGGCAUUGCAGUCGUAUUCAGCAGCGUUGAGAGUUGCUCAGAGGCUCGGAUACAAGAUUGGAUUGGCCAAAGGGUUGGGACUUGGAGCUACUUAUUUCACUGUUUUCUGCUGCUAUGCCCUUCUGCUCUGGUAUGGAGGCUACUUGGUUAGGCACCAUUAUACUAAUGGAGGUCUUGCUAUUGCAACCAUGUUUGCUGUCAUGAUUGGUGGCCUUGCUUUGGGGCAAUCUGCUCCCAGCAUGGCUGCAUUUGCAAAGGCAAGAAUUGCAGCUGCUAAAAUCUUCCGAGUGAUAGACCAUAAGCCGGGCGUUGUCUCAGACAGUGAAUCCGGCCUGGAGUUGGAAGCCGUAACCGGAAAAUUGGAGCUCAAAAAUGUUGAUUUCUGCUACCCUUCAAGGCCAGAAACUCAAAUACUUAACAAUUUCAGUCUCACUGUUUCCGCUGGGAAAACAAUAGCCCUUGUCGGAAGCAGUGGCUCGGGUAAAAGCACGGUGGUGUCCCUCAUCGAGAGAUUCUAUGAUCCCUCCUCAGGGCAAGUGCUGCUAGACGGUCAUGACAUAACAACGUUGAAGUUGAGAUGGCUGAGGCAGCAGAUUGGGCUGGUGAGCCAAGAGCCUGCUCUGUUUGCCACAACCAUCAAAGAAAACAUACUGUUGGGCAGAGGGGAUGCAAGUUUAGUCCAGAUUGAAGAGGCUGCGCGAGUUGCCAAUGCACAUUCAUUCAUUGCAAAGCUCCCGGAUGGCUAUGACACUCAGGUCGGGGAGAGAGGGGUCCAGCUGUCGGGCGGGCAGAAGCAGAGAAUAGCUAUAGCAAGGGCAAUGCUCAAGAAUCCAGCCAUCUUGCUCUUGGAUGAAGCAACCAGUGCAUUAGAUUCCGAGUCGGAGAAGCUAGUGCAAGAGGCCCUUGACCGUUUCAUGAUUGGAAGGACUACUCUAGUUAUCGCCCAUCGCCUCUCCACCAUCCGAAAAUCUGACCUUGUUGCUGUGUUGCAGCAAGGCAGUGUCACUGAAAUCGGGAAUCACGAUGAGCUCUUAGCCAGGGGAGAAAGCGGCAUCUACGCCAAGCUAAUCAGAAUGCAAGAAGCAGCAGCUAAUGAAGCGGCUCUCAAUAAUGCCAGGAAGAGCAGUGCAAGGCCUUCUAGUGCGAGGAACUCGGUGAGCUCGCCAAUAAUCACUAGAAAUUCGUCCUAUGGAAGAUCGCCUUACUCGAGAAGACUGUCCGACUUCUCCACCUCGGACUUUAGCCUCUCCUUAGAUGCUGGAUACCCUAACUAUCGCCAUGAAAAGCUUGCGUUUAAGGAGCAAGCAAGCUCAUUCUUGCGUCUUGCAAAGAUGAAUUCACCCGAGUGGAGUUAUGCCUUGUUUGGCUCGAUAGGCUCAGUCGUCUGUGGCACUCUCAGUGCAUUCUUUGCGUAUGUGCUGAGUGCUGUUCUUAGUGUCUACUACAGCCCGAAUCAUGCCUACAUGAUAAGGGAGAUCGCAAAAUACUGCUACCUCUUGAUUGGUGUGUCGUCAGCCGCCCUCAUUUUCAACACAAUGCAGCAUUACUUCUGGGAUAGAGUCGGGGAGAACUUGACAAAACGUGUCAGGGAGAAGAUGCUGGCUGCAGUCGUGAAGAACGAAAUGGCGUGGUUCGAUCAGGAAGAGAAUGAGAGCUCGAGAGUUGCAGCUAGGCUAGCUCUGGAUGCGAACAAUGUUAGGUCUGCAAUUGGAGACAGGAUUUCUGUUAUAAUGCAGAAUUCUGCUCUCAUGCUUGUUGCCUGCACUGCUGGCUUCGUGUUGCAGUGGCGCCUCGCCCUCGUCCUCGUUGCUGUCUUCCCCAUCGUCGUUGCAGCAACUGUUUUACAGAAAAUGUUCAUGAAUGGAUUCUCCGGUGACUUGGAAGCUUCGCACGCUAAAGCGACGCAGCUGGCCGGGGAGGCUGUAGCCAAUGUGAGAACCGUUGCAGCAUUCAAUUCGGAAGAGAAGAUCGUCGGCCUAUUCAGCUUGAGCCUCAACACUCCCCUAAGGCGUUGCUUUUGGAAGGGGCAGAUAGCUGGGAGUGGCUAUGGCAUUGCUCAGUUCUUGCUCUACGCCUCCUACGCGUUAGGCCUGUGGUACGCUUCUUGGCUGGUGAAGCAUGGCAUCUCUGACUUCUCGAAGACGAUACGUGUCUUUAUGGUGCUGAUGGUCUCCGCCAAUGGCGCUGCUGAGACGCUCACCCUCGCCCCCGAUUUCAUCAAGGGAGGCCGCGCAAUGCGGUCCGUGUUUGAGCUCCUAGACCGCAAGACCGAGAUAGAACCAGACGACCAAGACGCCAUCACUGUCCCUGAUAAGCUCCGUGGCGAGGUUGAAUUCAAGCACGUGGACUUCGCAUACCCUACGAGACCCGAUGUGUCAGUCUUCCGCGACCUGAACCUCCGUGCUCGGGCAGGGAAGACCUUGGCCCUUGUCGGCCCGAGUGGCUGUGGGAAGAGCUCAGUGAUCGCCCUGAUACAGAGAUUCUAUGAGCCUUCGUCCGGUCGCGUGAUGAUCGAUGGGAAGGAUAUAAGGAAGUAUAAUCUAAAGUCAUUGAGGAGACACAUAGCUGUGGUGCCGCAAGAGCCGUGCCUCUUUGGGGCAACGAUCUACGAGAACAUCGCCUACGGGCACGAAGCAGCAACGGAGGCAGAAAUAAUAGAGGCAGCAACGCUGGCAAAUGCGCACAAGUUCAUAUCGUCGUUGCCAGAGGGGUACAAGACGUAUGCUGGGGAGAGAGGGGUGCAGCUGUCGGGGGGGCAGAAGCAGCGGGUGGCCCUGGCUCGGGCAUUCCUGAGGAAGGCGGAGGUGAUGCUGCUGGACGAGGCGACGAGUGCGCUGGAUGCGGAGUCGGAGAGAUGCAUACAGGAGGCACUGGAGCGGGCGUGUGGAGGGAAGACGACGAUUGUGGUGGCGCAUAGGCUGACCACGAUCAGAAGCGCGCACGUGAUAGCGGUGCUGGAUGAUGGCAAGGUGGCGGAGCAGGGGUCGCAUUCGCAUCUGUUGAAGAACUGCCCGGAGGGGGUGUAUGCGCGGAUGAUACAGCUGCAGAGAUUGGGGAAUGCUUCCACUUCUUCAACGCAGUCAGCGAUUUGUAUGUAGCCUUGUUUUGUUUAUAUAUUGUGGAUUAUCUAAUUAUAGCCUUAAAAAACUGGUCUUACAAAUGUGGCCUUCAAUCAAA